AACAUACACUGAUUUCACAACUGAGUGAAACCAACCUUAGUUACAGAAGAAUUAAAAGAUGAGUUCCGCAAGCAGAGCUUGGAGUGUUGCAGCAAGUAUUGGAGCUGUGGAGGCCUUGAAGGACCAAGGCGUGUGCAGGUGGAACCAUACUUUAAGAUCAGCUCAACAACAUUUGAGAACUCAAGUGAGGUCUCUGUCUCAAGCAAACAAGCUUUCUUCUUCCUCUUCUGCCAUGGUCUCCACCAGACUAAAAGAUGACCAAACAAAGCAGUCUGAGGAGUCCUUAAGGACGGUCAUGUACUUAAGCUGCUGGGGUCCCCAACUAAACUAUAUUUUUUUGUAUUGAACUAUCAGUCAUCUCUUUCAACAAAACAAAAAAAAGGGCGCUGAUAAUUCUGGGGCUAUUGUUUUGGCCUUCCAUGAGGAUUGUAUAUAUAAUGUGGUUAAUGAAAUUCUGUUUCUCCAUUUAA